GUCUUGGGGCCGGACCUCCGAACCGGUUUCGCCUGGCGGAGCCGGGAGCUUCAGGCACAACGGCUGCGGUAGUCGCCCGCGGCUUCUCCCGCCCUGUGGCGGUGUCAGGUGUGGCUUAGCUCGGGUCAGUACCAUGAUCCGGCAGGAGCUCUCCACAUCCUACCAGGAGCUGAGUGAGGAGUUGGAUCAGGUGGUUGAGAACUCAGAGCGGGGGGACGAGCAAGAAAAGGAGGCAGACGGAGUGCAAGGUCCAGGAAUCUUACCAGCUCUGGACAGCGAGUCCGCCUCUAGCAGCAUCCGCUUCAGCAAGGCCUGCCUGAAGAACGUCUUCUCGGUCCUGCUCAUCUUCAUCUACCUGCUGCUCAUGGCGGUGGCCGUCUUCCUGGUCUACCAGACCAUCACAGAUUUCCGCGAGAAACUCAAGCACCCUGUCAUGUCGGUGUCUUACAAGGAGGUGGAUCGCUAUGACGCCCCAGGUAUUGCUCUGUACCCCGGUCAGGCCCAGUUGCUCAGCUGUAAGCACCACUACGAGGUCAUCCCGCCCCUGAGGAGCCCUGGCCAGCCCGGGGACGUGAACUGCACCACCCAGAGGAUCAACUACACGGACCCUUUCUCCAGCCAGACCCUGAAAUCUGCCCUGAUUGUGCAGGGGCCUCGGGAAGUGAAGAAGCGGGAGUUGGUCUUCCUCCAGUUCCGCCUGAACGAGAGCAGCGAGGACUUCAGUGCCAUCGAUUACCUCCUCUUCUCGUCCUUCCAGGAGUUCCUGCAAAGCCCGGACAGGGCGGCCUUCAUGCAGGCCUGCGAGAGCGCCUAUUCCAGCUGGAAGUUCUCGGGCGGCUUCCGCACCUGGGUCAAGAUGUCCCUGGUGAAGACCAAGGAGGAGGACGGGCGGGAAGCCGUGGAGUUCCGGCAGGAGACGAGUGUGGUUAACUACAUUGACCAGAGGCCAGCCGCCGAAAAAAGCGCUCAGUUGUUUUUUGUGGUCUUUGAAUGGAAAGAUCCUUUCAUCCAGAAAGUCCAAGAUAUAAUCACCGCCAAUCCUUGGAACACAAUCGCCCUGCUCUGUGGGGCCUUCUUGGCGUUAUUUAAAGCAGCUGAGUUUGCCAAACUGAGUGUGAAAUGGAUGAUCAAAAUUAGGAGGAGAUACCUUAAAAAAAGAGGCCAGGCAGCGAACCACAUAAGCUGACGUGGCCUUGUGGUGGUCGCAGCACUGCUCACGGUGACGAAGUUCUGGUCGCUUCUCGGAGAAACGAGCCGCCAGCGAUCCUGUGCUCCCUGGAAACGGGCCUUGCUGGGGAAGCAGCUGGCCUGCAGCUUCUAACCUGGCCCGGAAAGAGGUUGUUUAAAGCCUAAUGGAACAGAUGCAAGGGAUAACCUAAAACUUAUUUAAGUAUUUAAAUUAUUAAUGACCAUUUUUGGAUAUAUGACAAGGGAUUGUGGAAGAUGGAAUUAGAUCUGUAUCAAGUUUCUGAAGGUUUGUGGAAGUUGCCUUUCUUCUUCUUUGGUUUGGUGCAUAGUUGAGCUCUAAUGGGAUAAAUACAGCUCUCCUUUUUACUUUAGCUUCUACCCCACCUCAGCUUUCUAAAGUGGACAUGACAGAGUGUGAUUUCUUUUUCCCCCAAAUCCUACCUCUGCAGGCGUGCAGGUUACUCUUUGAAACCUCUGCACACCGUACCCAAAAUUGAAAUGGGACUUUUUUUUUUAAAGCUACUAGAAACCAGUAAUACGAUUUCUUGUGCAUCGACUCGCCACCCACCUGUCUGGCUAGGAUGUGUGUUGAUGCAGGUGUAAGGCUGCAGAGCCGUUACCAUGCAGAAGCACUGGGACAUAUGUACAUAGGAGGUGCCUACUCAGUGUAUUUUGAUGAUUUUGUUAACAGGUAAAUAAAAGUUAGGUUAAUGCAAAAGGA